GUGUCUGUAGAUGAUCUGUCUGUGUGUGUCUGUAGGUUGUCUGGCUGUAUGGUGUCAGAGGAAGGCUGUGGUUAUUUGUCUUCAGCUCUGAGUUCAAACCCCUCACACCUGAGAGAGCUGGAUCUGAGCUACAAUCACCCAAGACAAUCAGUCAUGAUGACAGCAGAACUGCGAAAGUAUGCCUGUGAUCUCACACUGGAUCCAAACACAGCAAACACUGAACUCAAGCUGUCUGAUGAGAACAAGAAGAUCACAGGUGUGGAAUAUCAUCAGCCAUAUCCUGAUCAUCCAGAGAGAUUUGAUGAGUGUGAACAGGUUCUGAGUGUUGAGAGUCUGACUGGACGCUGUUACUGGGAGGCUGAAUGGAGCGGACAUAAUGCAGAUAUAUCAGUGUCAUAUAAAGGAAUCAGCAGGAAAGGAGGAAGUGACUGUGUGUUUGGAUUCAAUGACAAAUCCUGGAGUCUGAACUGCUAUAAUAGCAGAUUGACUGUCUGUCACAAUAAUAACAGCACUGAUAUACCUGCUGACCGUUCAUCCUCUAAGAGAGUAGGAGUGUAUGUGGACGUGUCGGCCGGCUCUCUGUCCUUCUACAGCGUCUCUGAAACGCACACACUCACACACUUACACACAUUCAACACCACAUUCACUGAACCCCUCUGUGCUGGAUUCAGGGUUUAUUAUCCUGGUUCCUCAGUGUCUCUGUGUGAUAUUAAACAGCCUGUGGUGAGAAUCAUCAGUGAUCCACACACAACUGGAGGUGGAAAGUCCAGGGGCCAAAGAGUAAAAGUCCUGCUAUAUUUUUGUUCCACCCAUGAACUCAGCAGCUGAUUUCACCAGAGGAGGAACCAAGUCAUUCCUUUCAAGUAACAAGCAAGUCUCAAGUCAAAUCCCAUGUCCUCAAAGAGUUAAAGUUAAUGAUAUAAUUAAGUUACUAAUUAAUUUAUGAUUGAGCAUUAGUAAUGAACACAUCACUGAAGAAAAGAGAAACACAAGAACUACAAGUGACUUCAGCCACAGCCUUGGAUGAGCCACCAUUGCCACCAUAAUUGUGGUCAGUGUUUGCUUUAGUUGGGCUCUUGAGCCUUUCCAUAACUUAAACAAUUUUGCUUCUAAGCAAUUGUAAUAUUGUUUCACAGUAAAUGUUUGUGCAAUAUUGUGUCAAAAUCUGAAGUAGCAAAUUAGCUUAUGUUUUUGAUGAACGAGUGUUAUUGGUUUAAAUCUCUUUGGUUUAUUAAUUCUCUGGGGUCUGAGACAAUUUUAGGGCCCUUGAGAUGUUUUGACAUGCCCUGAUAUUUGUGCUUAUUUCAGUUACUUAAAACAUAGUAUUGACCAACAUGUAAUUUUUUUUUUGUAUUCAGCACAAACUGUGCUACAAUAAUAUGUGUCCAAGAUGGAUGUACAUGUUUGCAUUUUUUAGAAAAAGGUUAGUAAGUUUUGGGGGAAAAAAAAUUAACUGAAAUAAGGCCAUAAAACCCACACUAAAUAGUUCUGAAUAAGACUUUUGAGUAAUCAGUCUUGUAGGCUAGAAUAUUUACUUCAAAAUUAUGUGAAAAUCAUUCUGAAUGAAUAAAUGAAUGAAGCAUU